AUGGUGAAGCCAUCGGCAAGUCGAGGGGUGAUACUUGAUCUUCAUCGUUUCUCCACCCGACAUCAUUCGACGACUCAAACUGCCUCGGCGUAUGCGGUUGGUGGUUGGUGCAGUGGGGACGCGAUUGCAUCGGUUGAACGAAUGGAUCCAAGUCGAGCAACACCAAUAUGGGAGAAAGUGCUAUCGCAUCAUAAACCGUAUGCUAUGACUCAAAUUGAAAUGCCAGUUUGGGUGUGGAGACCGAAUCGCCGUGUGGAUGAGGAGCCCGAUCCGGAUGACGAGGAAUAUCGAGGCUGUUGUGGAGUGUGUAAGAGUGAGAUUUGUUUUCAAGUGAUUCUCGGUGUGAGCAUUUUUGGACUCUUGAGCUUGGCUCGAUCCAUUCCACAAACACAAUUCGUCGGUCUACUUGGUUUUCUAAUCGGUUUGAGCGUAUUUAUUGUCGGGGUGAUGGCGGUGAAAACGAGGAAACCAUUUUACAUUCAAAUUUACUGGAUUGCUCAGAUUAUUGGACACAUUUUGACGGUGAUCGCUCUUGUUUACACGACGAUAGGUCUUGCUGUGGUUUAUAGUCAAAUCGAUGUUCGCUAUAUGGAUCUGAAGAAACAAGCGCUGAUGAUGUUGAUUGCCUAUGCCCUGGCCACGAUUCUCUUGAUUCCGAUCGCGUUUUGGAUUCUCUUCUCUAUCUACACAUAUUACACUUAUCUCAGAGACUGUCAGCUCUGGAUUGAGCAACAGGACGGCCCAUUCACGGUGGAUGUUCAA